AUGUCGGGCGCACGGCAUUGGGAGCAAGACAAGGAGGCUACCUGCUAUGUCGGUAACCUCGAUGAGCGCGUUACUGAUGCCCUGGUUUGGGAGCUUAUGUUGCAAGUCGGGCGCAUCGUCAAUGUUCACCUACCCAAGGACCGUGUCACCCAGACGCAUCAAGGAUAUGGAUUCGUUCAAUUCAUUAGUGAAGAAGACGCAGAAUAUGCUUCCCGGAUUAUGAACGGAAUUCGUAUGUUUGGAAAGCCCAUUCGUGUAAACAAGGCAUCCGCAGAGAAGGAUAAGGGUGUGGAAGUUGGCGCAGAGCUCUUCAUUGGAAACCUGGAUCCCAUGGUCACCGAGGACAUGCUUCAUGAAACAUUCAGUCGCUUUGGCCUUCUCGCCAAUCCCCCAAAAAUUGCCCGUGAUGACAGUCAUCUGUCAAAGGGUUACGGAUUUAUCUCUUUCGCCGACUUUGAAGCAUCAGAUGCUGCGAUCGCCGGCAUGGAUGGUCAACACCUCAUGAAUAAGCAAUGCACCGUGCAGUACGCUUACAAGAAGGAUGGACGGGGAGAGCGCCAUGGUGACGAGGCCGAGCGCAUGCUAGCCGAUCAGGCCCGGAAACAUAAUUUCAAACUCCCCACCCAACAAGUUUCGACUCCAUUCCCUGGAGCCGGCUCAGUCCCUCCCGUGACGCCAAUGCAAAUUGACGAUAACUCACAUCCUCUGAGUGCUACUCCCAUGACACCUGACGUGAGUAUAGGACAUGUCAUGCCAAUGGCAUACCAGAAUGCGCCUCCCCUGCAGCGACCCCCGCAACACAUGGCCCCGCCUAUUGGUAUACCUAUGCACAUGCCUAUGGCACCGCUCGUCGCGGCCCCGCCAGGGUUGCCUGCCCGGCCUCCACCCUCACAGGCUGGAUAUGGUGGACCCCAAUCCUUCCACCCAUCAGGAUAUGUUGCUCCUCCUGGUCAGCAACCCCCCUUUGCCCAUCAGGGCGCACCACCUGGAUUUGCUCCUCCUGGCUUUGCUCCUCCUGGCUUUGCGCCACCUGGAUUUGCGCCACCUGGAUUUCCCCGGGAGGUGCACCGGGAGCUCCUUUGCCCCCAGGCUUUCAGAACCGUUAAUAGCGUUCACACUACCCCAGAUGUAAUAAGACGGGGGUCAACCCCCUGCUAA